AUGACUAAUAUCUUAUUAAAUAGAAUCAAAACUGUAAAAAAUGUUGCAAACGUAUUUAAGAAUCAAGUCUUGAAUGAAGAAAUAUAUUACGGAACUGACUAUGCCUCUGAAAAGGAAAAUUAUCAAAUUGCAAUUUGUCAAAAUGGAAAAUUUGCUGUUACAUUUGAUACAGCAAACCUUCGGAUUAAAAUAUUGGAAAACACUGAUCAUAGACCAUUCACGUCUAGUAAAAAAAAAGUCAAUUCUAACAACAAGAAUGAAUUCGACGGACCAGAAAAACUUGAUGAGCAAGAUGACAUUAAUCAAAUAAUAGCUUAUUUUAAAAUAAAUGAUGACUUCAUGGUUGAAAAGUUUUACAAAGAAAACUAUAAUCCUCCCUCAUCGGGUCAUGACACAACAGCAACAGAAAACAAAGCAAGCAACUUAAAAUGGUCUUUUGAUAUAUCAAAUGUGCAAGAGAAGAAUGGCGAAUCUUUUAUUUUUGUCGCUAUAUCUCGUAUAGCUGACGAGGAUAUGAGACGAACUAGUAAGGAGAAGAGAAAAGAUAGAAAAGAUGAUAAUAAAAAACCCGAUUAUGAAAGAAAAGUUCUUAGUAAAAUAAGAUAUAAUUGUCCAUUGCCGCCUGACGAAGCUAUUGCAGUUGAUAUGCAAAAUACGCAACCAGAACUUACAAGAGUACUUACAAGCAGGAAUAAUAGUGAAAUUAAAAAAGGAAUCGCUAUUUAUCGUCUUGAUCUAAAAAAGAAUCAAGGAGAGAAAAUAAAUUACAUUUUUAGCACUGUGACUUAUCAUUAUUCUGAUCAAAUUUCAGGAAUUUGUAGAUUCAUUGAAGCUUCAAGCGAAGACGAUUCAGAAUCUUUAUACGAUUUUAAAUUAAAAAGAUUUAUAAUAUUGAAUUAUCGUGGAAUAUAUAAUUUUGAAUUUGAUGAUCACUUUGAUUUUUUUACCUUGAAUGAAAAAUUUGAAUAUCCAGCUAGUAUUAGACGUGAACUAGAUAGUUGGUAUGUUGACGAUGAUUGCAUGAAACGACUUUUAUCAUGUAUUUAUGAUAAAUAUUUUUUGGUUACACAAUACAAAAAUAAUGCGCAAUCACUUGAAGUUUAUGAUCUGGAAAAAAUGGAAUUAGAAACUACUGCAAAAAAACUUGAAAAUAAGGAUAAAUUCGUAAAGAGAUACAAUUAUGACACCUUUUCAGUUAGUAGAUUACAACUUUGUUUUACUCGAGGAGUAAACAAUAUUAGAUUAUAUUAUAUAGAAAAUGGUUUACAAGUUGCAAAAAAAAAAUUAGAAGUAGAUCGAAUACAUUUAUUGGAAUUUAUUGAAAAUGAUGAAAAAUUACUUGUAAUAGGCGAAGGUCCGAAAGAAGGAAAAGAUCCAGAAGGUAAAAAAGAGCUGAAAACUAUGGUUUGGGAUUUAUAUGAUACUGGUAAAGUUGAAUCAAUAAAGCUAGACAUUCCAAUGGAUAUCAUAAAAAAUCUUGGCACUCGUUUAGCGAGAACUUCUGGAAAUAUUUUACAAAUAGGUGAUGACGGAAAAGUUUCAUCGGUCCUUAAAAAAAUUGAAAAAGAGUUAAAAAAGAAAAAGAAAAAUGAGAAAAGGGUCGAUAAGGAGAAGACGGAUAAAAUUACAGAUUCAAUUAAAAAAUUAAUAGUCGAAAAACCAGAUGGAGAGCCAGACGAGAGCCAUAACAUAUAUUACGAUCAGAAAUAUAUAAAGUUUAAACCAAUAGUUGAUGAGAAAGAACCGUGGGUGUUAGGUGAUUAUGAUAGACACUCUUAUUGUCUUUAUCAUAAUCGAAAAGAAACAGAAGUAGAAACUUUACAACUUAUUGUUGGCAGAUCCACUGUUCAAAUUUGGCAUCAAAUCCAAGAUAAAAAAAACAAAGAUGACCUUCCUAACAAAGGAGAACCAUUUCUUGAAUAUAUAUGGACAAAUCGUAUUCCGAUAAAUCAAGAAAGGGAAGAAACAAAAUUACGAAUUGAAUAUUUUAAAUAUGGAUCAAAUGUUGGAUUACAUGAAAAAUUGGAUGAUUUUCAUUUAAAGGUUUAUUGGUAUGAAAGAAAAGAUAAUGAAGAGAAUUCAAAAAAGGAAGAGCAUGCAAAAAAGAAAGAGCGCGAAAUAACAAAGGAAGCAGAAGAUGAAAUAAGUAAAAUAGAAGAUGAAAUAAAAAGGAUUAAUGAAGAUGGAAACAUGGACGAAACGGAAAAAGAGAAAAGAAGACUAGAGAUAAUAAAUAAUAGUGUAAAGGUGAAAAGGAAAGAAAAAGUAAUUAAACUAAAAUAUAUUAUAGAAAAAUUUCACGCAGUAACACACGCUUGUAGAGCAUUAGAACAUCUAAAUAAGCGUUAUAAAAAUAAACGGCUCGCAAAUAAUUACACUAGAGCACAUAAAUACGAGGAGAUUAUCACCUACGUCAAACAUAUAGUUUGGAGGUUUGCUAAAAACGAGCCAGAAAAUUUUAGACUUUUGGAUGUCCGACGUAACAUUAUGAAAAGUUUAAUUCUUGGUGAUUGCGAUUAUUUGAUAAAAUUUAUAUUAUUUGGAGAUGAUGAAGAAAUUAAUGAAAACAAAAAUGGGUGUAAAGAAAAAGAAAAAGAGAAAAGACAAAAAGAAGACGAAAUAAGGUAUAUACCAUGUAAUAAAUUAUGGCCAGGAAAAACAUUUUUAAGGGAAGAUGAUCUUGAUUUUGAUGAAAAGAUUGAUAAGCUAGAAGAUAAUGAAACAAUCGUGCCGGAAAAUAUUAUGGAAUUAGCAAUAUAUCAUUGCAAAGGACGUGAACUUAAUGAUACGAUUAUGAUUGCUUACCUUUUGGAAUUUUACUCUAGACAUGCAACUGAUUGUGCUGGAUGGAUGUGUACCGUUUCUAAGGCAAUUCCUUUAUUAUUUAAAUAUAAUUAUGAUGAUUAUGCCAGAAAGUUAUUUUUCAAAGAAUGUUUUGCAGUUCAGGAUCAUUUUUCAGCUCAAGAACCUGACGAAAUUAUUCCAACAGAAUAUCUAGCAAGGCGUAAUCAUGACAUCAAAUUUAGAGCAUUCAAACCUCUAGUCAAACUCGAAACUGAUAAAUACGAAGUUUAUGUUAAGAUUGUAAACCCAAUUAAAAAUUUUAAAAAUAUUAUAUUCAAAAUUUAUGAAAAUUUUGAUAAUGAUCUUGGAAAAUCACCGUUAGCUUUACGGGUAGUUCCUCUUCCCGGGUUUACUAAAAACAAUAUUGGAAAAAAAAAAGCAGAAUAUGGGUUAUUAAAAAUUAUUUUAAACCUCUUCUGGAUUAUAUUUUUACCGCGAUGGUAUCAAAUUGGUCGGCAUGAUAGGACUAAGUUGAGCCCUUUUUCUAGGAUGAUACUGUAUGAAAAUAACGAUGAUAUUUAUGAUAAUCCGGCAACUGAAGCGGUCAUUGAUUUUCUUUGGCGAAAAGCAAAAAUUUUCUUUUUUUUACUAUUCCUGCGUUUUAUUGUUUUUGCCACUUGUUUUGGAUUAGUUAGCUGGGCAUAUUUGAAUUAUAGCACUAUUAUAAACGGGACUUUUUUAUUUACAUUAAUUAUUAUAUUUUAUUAUUUGGCAAUUUACCAAAUUGUUACUGAAUUGAUACAAUUUCGUUAUCGUGGAUUUAAAAAAUAUUUUGGUGAAAUAUUUAACAGUUUUGAUAUAAUAUCUCUUGUACUUUCUGUUACAGUUAUGUCAAUAAUGGUUAAAAAUUUUCAAUUUUCUGAUGGUUUUGGAAGUGUUAAAACAAUUGAUAAUGGAUUAAUUGCAGGGAUAUCAUUUUCAAUUUUUUUACUUUGGAUUGAUUUGAUCCUUUAUCUCCGUUUAAUAUCAAAUAUUGGUAUUUACAUAUAUUAUGUUAUAAUUAUCUUCAAAACUAUAUUUCCAUUUUUUUUAUUUAUGUCAAUUGUGAUAUUCGCAUUCGCACAUACAAUGUUUGUGUUACUUAGAAAUCCCGCUAAUAUUAAAACCAAAGAAUCUACAUAUAGUGGAAAUGCUACAAAUGUUACAACAAAUGAAACACUUUAUGUCGAACUUAAAUCUGAUUUUGAUCCGAAAUCUAGUGACAAUCCAUUUUCAACUUUUUCUGAUUCAUUAAUUGCUGCGUAUUUUUGGAUGGGAGGUAAUUGGGUUCAAAGAGAUGAUUUUGAUUUUUGGGCUAUUGAUAUAUUUACUUUUGUUGCUAGCAUAUUUCUUGUAAUCGUUUUACAAAAUAUGUUGAUUGCUUUUAUGAGUGGUGUAUUUGAAAGAGCAGAAAUUAAAGGUAGACAAACUUUAUUAAGACAUCGAGCAAAUCAUAUAGUAGAUUAUGAAGCGUUACAUCAUAUUCAUUUAUGGAAUCUUGAACCUGAACCAAAACAUAUUUAUUAUUUUGGUCAAUCAAAAACUUUAGAAGAGUGGUAUGCUACAAGAAAAAGUGAACAAGGUGCUAUUUAUAAAGAUUUUGAAGAAAAAUCUACUUUUACAAAACUUACUUUUAAGGGAAGAUGUUAUGAUAAACGUUCAAUUUGGGAAUAUGUUGAUAAAAAUUUAAAAAUGGAAAAAAUCAAUAUGAAAAAUUAUUUGAAUGAUAUCAUUGAAUGGUUGAUUAAAUAUCAUAAAGAUCAAAAUAAUGAAAAGGAAAUUAAUAUCGAAUCUAUUAAUGAGAUUAUUAAAGAGGUUGAGAAUAUGAAAUUAAAUGAUGUAAAAAAAAUAUUUUUAUAA